AUGUCUCAUCAACAAGAAAAAGAAAAGUCACCGUUGGGCGAAGAACCACCAGCGGGCAUGGAACUCCAACAGGUAGAAUUGGGAAAUCGACGUGCAAACCCAUUUUCUGAAGUAUCUCCUUCGGAUCGAAUGGGUGAGAAUGAAGCUCUCCAGCAGACAGCUUUCGAGUCACAACGACCCAAAGGCUUCCUCUGGCCAAUCACUAUGAUCGCUCUUUUAUCUACGACAUUUCUCUUUGCCGCAAAUACGACCAUGGUAGCAGAUUUUCAGCCGAUCAUCAUCAAGGGUUUUGGGGAAACAAACAAGCUACCAUGGAUCUCUGUAUCCUAUGAGCUGGCUGCGCUUUCUGUCAAUGUAAUAUGGGGUAAACUGCACGGACAGUUUGAUUCAAAAUACCUCUUCAUCACCGCUGUCGUAAUCUUCGAAGUUGGAAACGUUGUAUGCGGCUCAGCUCAAAAUAUGAAUACUUUGAUUGUUGGAAGGGCGAUAUUCGGUAUGGGUGGUUCGGGAACUUAUGUCGGCACGGUCAAUAUCAUCACAUCCCUGUUGGCUCCAGCUGAACGGCCGCUGUACAUGAGUUUUGUUGGCGCUGUCUGGUGUAUUGGAACUGUGCAAGAAAUCUUUUUCAGCUUCAAAGAUGUAGCUAACCAUUUCAGGGUGGGUCCAAUUAUAGGAGGAGCAUUUGCAGAUGGAGUAACUUGGCGAUGGGGUUUUUAUAUCAAUCUUUGCAUUGCAGCAGCAUCGGCACCUGCCUACAUCUUUGUGCUUCCUUCCUCCAAAUCCAAACCAGCAGCGUCCAUCAUGGCCCGCGUCCGCAAUAUCGACUUUCUCGGAAGCAUUCUGUUCAUCGGUGCCGCAUGUUCUAUCAUCAUGGCGAUUUCCUUUGGAGGAGCUCUCUACGCUUGGAACAGUGGCAAUAGCUGCGGGAAGCGCAGCCACUUUGGUACCGGUAUUCUUCCCUUCAUCGGUGUUCUAGUCGUUGGAAUUUUGAUAAAUGGUGGUCUAAUGGGGCCAAUUGGGAUUUAUUCGCCAUGGUUUACGAUUGGCGGAAUCUUGGUUAUUAUUGGCAGCGCCCUGCUUCAUACCAUCAUCAUCAAUACCGCGUCAGCCGCAAUUUACGGCUAUACUGCCAUGCUAGGAUUUGGAGCAGGGCUAUUUGUCCAGGCUCCAUUUGCUGUUGCGCAGGCAAAAGUUCACCCAUUGGAGCUUGCAGAUGUAUCCUUGUUUAUAAUCUGUGUGCAGAUAGGCGGAAUUGUUUUCUCUCUGUCUAUCUCCAACAUUAUUUUCAUCAACUUAUCGACACAAAGGAUCUCAGCGCUCCUCCCGAAUCUUUCCUUGGGCGAGAUUCAAUCUCUCAUCGCUGGUGUCGGUGCUUCAGUUCUGAAGGAUCUCAGUCCUGCUGAGAAGACGUAUGUCCUUGCAAUCCUGGUGCAUGCUAUUAGCCAAAUGUAUUCUAUGCUAAUUGCGGCGGGCGCACUGGCUACCUUGCUCUCUAUUUUUAUGAAGAGGGAAAGACUAGAUUUGGAAAUCGAGGUCGACGCAAUUGCAGAUUAA